CUAACCUAUAAAACAGCAUUAAAAACUAAUCAGCUGUAUAUAUAUUAACAAGUUUAACUAUAAAAUAACAAUGUGUAAUAUUGUUCGUUUGUUAAUUUUACUAACUGUUGCUUUAGCAACAAAGGCUCAAGAAAACGAAACGGAAUUUCUAAAAAUUGGUAAUGCAAUUAAUAUAUUUAAGUUUAAUGGCAUACUUACCAUAACCAUGCGGGUCUUACCAAAAAAUGAUUCAAACUGGAUCUUUCGUCAACCUUCACUCGAAAUUUUCAAUAAAGUUAAUGUUGCUUUGCGUAUUCCAAACGAAGCCAAUGAAUUCGACGGUGAUUUUCAUAUGGAAUUUUGUGAUAAUCUUGAUCAAUUGUUAAAAGCUUAUUUCCGAAAUUUCACAAUUGAGGGAACGGAUAACCCCUCGAAUAUUAUUAUGGGCGCUUUGUCAAAAGCUAAAAUCGCAAAAUAUUUUGGUAUCAGAGAAUCAUUUGUUACGAAUUACAGUUAUGUUCUUAUCAGAAUUAGUAGAUUUCGUAAGGGUGAAAAAUUAUACGAUCUUCAUACUUUACAAUUAAAUGAAGAGGUAUUAGAACAACUGGACAAUGUCAUUGCUAAAAAUAGCGCCAGUACUAUGAAUUUUAUAAAAAACUGUGGCUCACAUUAUAUUGAGUCUUUUAUUACCGGAAAUUCAUUAUUUCAAGUGUUUGUUUAUAAACCAAAGGUGUAUAAGAAAAUUAAACGAUAUUUUGAAUUUCAUGGCAUCAGCGAGCUCUCUAAUGAAGCUGUCAUUAAUUAUUUUUCGCCAGAUUACGCCGAGUAUUUGGGAACAAUCAAAACUGCAAGUGGGAACAGCACCGUCGAAAAUUGGGCUUCUGAAAAUUUAUAUUUUCCAAAACACUUUCCUUCAAAUAAUAACAUUUUAAGCAUUUAUGGUAAUGCUGCAUUGUUGGAAGGGCUUAACGAAUUACUUCUAAAUGAAGCACUUCUGCAACUUACUUUAAAGAUGGUAGCACCCUAUUUUGAAGAUGAUACGCUAGCCGAUUGGUUUAAGGAAUAUAUUAUCAAUUGUUUAAAACUCAACGAUAUUAAUUUAUGAUAAUUAACAAGUUAUUCGAUAUUAGUAGUCUUACAUUAUUAUUUUGAAUAUUUUUAAGAAAGUUAAAAUAUGUCUUAAUUUAAUUUUAAUAGUUUUGUAACUUUAUAAGUAAA